AUGACCGAUGGCAUUGGGAUGGGACAAGCCCCUACUCUAGGAGAAGAACCCAUUCCCAUUGACGAUUGUUACCUUAAGGGAAUCAAGAAGCUGCAGCAUGAAUUCACCCAGACGGGGCUGCACCAACUCAGGCCUUACUCCCCUGGUAUCAUGAUGAUGCAAGAGGUGCAUGAAUUACGGUCAAGGAGCAUGGACAUGGGCAAAUCAGGAGAGCUUGAUGCAGAUCACAUCACCGACAACGGCUAG